GGCGGGGCAGGGAGCAGCCAAUGAGGGCUCGGGACGGCGGCGCGUCACCGGGCCCUGGGACGCGGAGUUCCAAAGUGGCUGCAGAGUUGCUCUGUGGGUUAGGGCCGCGGCUCUCGCUUUUGCCUCCGGGGCUCCCCAGGCCCCGGCCUCUGGGAAGGAUGGGGCGUGGAGCCGGGGGGGUGCAGUGGGGGGGGACUGGGCCCCGCGAGGCAAGGCCGGCCUGCGCUGGAGAGGGCCGUGCCGACCGCACCUCCUUUGAGCAGCCUUCCCAGAUUGGGCCGGGAAGAGCGGGAGGAGGGCCCGGGAAGGAGCGGAGCGGGGCUCCGCCUCCCCACCUCCGCUCUAGCUCCGGGUGCCGCCGCCAGAGGGCUCGCGCGUGGGCCCGGGCCCCUUUCCCUGCUUCCCCGCCCCGCCGAGCCCCUUGGCGCGUCUGCCUGCACAGUCACCUUGGCCCUGGCCCUGGCCCUGGCCCUGACCCGACUGCCCAGAGCCCUCUGAGCCCGCCAGGUCUAGGACACUCCAAGGAGGCAGUUGCCCCCACAGCCAUUGGGGAGCUGGCCCCCAGCAGCUUUCUGCAAGCCGUGUUGGAGGCUCUGGAGCUGGGCUCCACAGCUGUGGUCAGCCCAUCUCUGAGUGGAAUGUAUUCACUGCCCUUCCUCACAGCACCGAGCACCCAGCUCUGUGGCUAUGUGCCUGUUGCCCCAAUCUGCACAGAUAAAGUCAGCCCCGCUGACUAUGGCCAGGUGAAGACUCCCACCCUGAUCGUGUAUGGAGACCAGGAUCCCAUGGGGGAGUCAAGCCUCAAGCACCUGCAACAACUGCCUAACCACCAGGUGAUGGUGAUGGUGGGCACGGGACACCCCUGCUACCUGGACAGCCCAGACGAGUGGCACUCUGGGCUCCUGAAUUUCCUGAAUGGGCUGUCGUCAUAAGGGCCCAGGCUAGUCCAGGCUACCCUGGACCCACUCCUUCCUGAUUUGGGGGAGGGGAGGGGACUGACAGCCACAUCUCUGCCCCUUUGACCUGGCCUCUUACCUCUCUUUCUGGCCGGCCUGUCUGACAAUCUCCCUGCCCGCAUGGCUGACCUGCCAGCUGUCUGUCCAUUUCUCCAUCUGCUUGUCUGCUCAGAGGGAGCUGUCUGUCUAGUGCCUGGUCUCUCUGUCUGUCUUUCUCUCUUUCCUCAGAGCUAUAGGUGAAUGAGAAGAAUCAAGAACAUUAACAAGGUGCAAACCAGGGAUCCAGUCCACACGAAGGGUAAUUGAUUAGAAACAUUCCUCUGCUCCCUUUCCUGCAGGCUUCUCCACACCACCUCCCCUUUCCUCUGUCUGCCCCCACGUGCGCAUAUAGGAUUACAGAUGUACACUCACACAUACCUACCUGUAGGCAUAUAUCUAGGAACAUCA